AUGACAGAAGAAGUAACAUACGCCAAUCUGAAGUUUGGAAACAGCCAUGAACUGGAUAAUAUCACAGAGCCUAAAGAUCCUACGGAACAAGGGCCUCCCACAUCGUCCCGCUCUUACUGGCAAGUAGUCCUGGUUUUGCUGGCGCUGUGCCUGGCGUUGCUGGUGGCGCUGGUGGCCCUGGCGGUUUUACUUUUCCAGAUUCCCAAGGACUACAGGACACAGCUUAGAAAUCUCAACGUGACAAAGAAUGAGCUGCAUGCAAAUUUCUCAAACAUGCUGCAAGCAAUAGGAAAUCAGCUGUGCCUGGAAGGGAGAAAAACCCUUAAAAAUAACGGCCAGAACUGCGUCCUCUGCCCUGCAAACUGGAAGUGGGAAGGCGGCGAGAAGUGUUACUACCGGUCUGAGGAAAGGAAGUCAUGGGAACAGAGUCACCGGUUUUGUUCCUCACAAAACUCCACUCUUCUUCUGAUAAAGGAGGCAGCGGAGCUGGAAUUGAUAAAAAUGAUUGCUGUACAAGCAUACUGGCUUGGACUGAAAUUUAGAGCUGAACAGAGAGGCUGGGUUUGGGCAGACAACACAGUUCUUACGCAUCAACAAAAGUCUUGGACAAGUUAUCUAGACUACUACUCAGACUGUGGAUAUUUUUAUCAUGGUAUCAUACAAAACAGAAAAUGUCAAGAAGAGCUUCCCUAUAUCUGUGAAAAGCCCGCCAUCCAAUUACGGCGAGGUAGCCAUCGGCAGGAGGACUGGUUUGUCAGACUGUCAUGA